UUCAAGGGACACCACCCGAAAAGAAAGUCACCGGGAGAGGCACGAGAUGGAAAAGUCUGAAGACAAAAAUGACAUGGAGGAACUCAGAAAAAAGUGGGACCCUUUCCUCCUUAAGCCAGUCAUCGACGAGGAAGAGAAACCCACAAAGUUCCUCCACUUCUUGAACUACUUGGUGUCCACGGUGGUCGGGCUGCUGGUUUUCGUCUUUGGCUUCUUUAGUAAGGCUUCGCUCCUGCUCAUGAUCACAGUGACCGGCAGCAACUCCAGCACGGUGCUCAACAAGCCCUUCUGCAGGCUCAUCCUCGGCUGCAUGCUGGUUGUCCCCAACGUCCUGACAUUUAUGAAGAGUCUGUGGAAAGCCAUCUUCAAAACCUCGGAGAUGCCCUCCAGGCCUGCCAUCGCUUUCGUGUGCCUGGUCGACGUGCUUGUCGCCGGUGGGACGGCAGUUCUCAUCGUGAUCACCAUGCCUCACUUCGACAUCCUUAACAACACGAUGAUACUGAGUGGCGUCUGCAUUCUGCCCGCGGCUUUCCAAGUGGCCCAUCAGUGUCUGCCCUUCGGCUUUAAGCUGUGGACCUUCAUAGCCUCCCUGCUGUCCGUGUUCCUCGUACUCGUCGGGUACAUCUUUUUCUUUAUACAUUCCAUAAACAGCCCAAGUCCUGGCAUUAUGGUGUACACGGGCAUUGCCAUCGCCUGCACUUUACUGGUUUCCCUGAACUGGUGGGAGAAUUUCACCGCAAUGCUGCCCAGCAAACACCUGAAAAGCAUUCAUGGAAGCCUCCAGAAGUCCAGAAACAUGACAUACCUGCUGUCGAGCUGCGUGCGCAUCGUAGUGACUGGCGCCGUGGUGGGUGGCUACACCUAUGCCACAGAGGACGGUCGGUUCUUCACCGUGCCUUACAGACUGGACAUCACCAUCAGCCUGUUCAUCAUUCAGGUGGCCUCCUCGGCGUUCUGCCGGUGGUUUUCGGUGAUCGCCUCCAAAAUGCACUUCUUCAGGCGCUGCUUUGCCUUCCCCAUGGUCCUCAUGAGCCCGGCGGUCUUGGCCUUCUUCAUCAUGAUCUUCAGUGACCGCUACAAUCACUUCCAGCAGGACAUUGGCUGCCCCAACUGCUCCCUCAGCCUGUACUGCCAGCAGUCAUCGUCUUACAUUGGGCACGGCGUGAAGCAAGCGGGCGAGCUCUUCAGGGACAUCAGCAACAAUUUGUGCAGUAAAACAGGCAUGGCAGACCAGCAGCAGGUACCCCUGGUCCUUAUUGGAGUGUCGUCUUUGAGCUUCUGGGCAGGACUGGUACUCUCCACCGUAUACGUCUGGUUUACCAAGUUACAGAGGAUCGAGAGGACGUCAAAGCUGUUUGUGAGACGUCUGUACGAGGCGGCGUUCAUCGACCAGUCCAUGCUGCUGAACGUGCGGCUUUGCCAGACACAAUCGGAGGAGACCUCAUCUACCAGUGAAAGCAGGGAACACGUCACGAUCUACCUGUGUGCGACGAUGUGGCACGAGACCUUCGAUGAAAUGCUGAAGAUUCUGACCUCUUUGUUCAGGCUUGACAAAUAUCAGCCAAAGCAACAGUCGAGGCGCAACAAGAUGAGUUUCGAGGCCCACAUUGUCUUUGAUGACGCCUUUGAAGGAAAGCAGCGGAAACUGAACAGAUACGCAGUCAACCUGGUGGAAGUCAUUCAAGAAGUGUACCGAAUUUUUAUGGAGGAGGAGAGCUCCAUCUUCAGUCAAGACUACAAAAUGCCACGCCAGAAGAUGGUGAGGACGCCUUACGGGGGUCGCCUGUGCUACUCGCUGCCCAAGGGUAACGACCUCUACGUCCACUUUAAGGACACCAGCAAGAUCCGGCAGAAGAAGCGCUGGUCACAGAUCAUGUACAUGUAUUACCUCCUCGGGUGGAAGCUCACCAAAAAGUAUUUUGACAACAUAGAAAAUGGCGACUUGAAAACCUUGGAGGAGCGACUCCUGGUAAGUGUUUCUCUCCCUCGUACUCUUUCAUGCCACCUUCCCGCCACCACACCUUUACACCUCCCAUGUGUUUUCCAACAGAAAGAAAAACACAACACGUAUGUCCUGGCCUUGGAUGGGGACACGGACUUCCAGCCGUCUGCCCUGAUGCUGUUGGUCGAUCGUCUUCGGAUGUACCCACAAGUGGGUGCCGCCUGUGGACGGAUUCACCCGACAGGGAUAGGACCCAUGGUGUGGUACCAGAAGUUUGAGUACGCAGUCGGCCACUGGCUUCAGAAGACGGCCGAACACGUCUUUGGAUGUGUGCUCUGCAGUCCCGGCUGCUUCAGUUUGUUCAGAGGGUCGGCGCUUAUGGACGACAACGUGAUCAAGCGCUACACCACCAAGGCCACCGAGGCGGCCCACUACGUGCAGUACGAUCAGGGUGAGGACCGCUGGCUGUGCACCCUGCUGCUGCAGCAAGGCUGGCGAGUGGAGUACAACGCCGCCUCAGACGCCUACACCAACUCCCCCCAGGAGUUUAAAGAGUUCUACAACCAGAGACGCCGCUGGGGGCCUUCGACGCUGGCCAACACCCUGGACAUUCUGAACAUGGGCAGGCAAAUCGCCAGGAGGAACCCGUCCAUAUCGAGGCCAUACAUCGUCUAUCAGAUCAUUUUAAUGGCUUCGUCCAUCCUGUCACCAGCCUCCAUUUGCCUGAUGAUCGCAGGCGCUUUUCGAUACGUGUUUGAAGUGGAGCCAAAUGGAUCACUUUGCUUGGCUGUUCUCCCGGCUGUGCUGUAUAUUGUCGUCUGCUACACCACGAAAGCAGAAAUCCAAAUAAUGGUGGCCGCCGUCCUCAGCGUCCUCUAUACAUUUCUAAUGUUGGCCACAAUUAUCUCUAUCGUCGGAGACAUUAUAAGUGAGCAGACCUUUUUCACUCCCACUGGCAUCUUUUUAUUUUCCAUGACCAUGAUGUACACAGUGACGGCCAUGCUGCAUCCGCAGGAGUUUUACAUUCUAAUUUACGGCCUCCUCUACUUAAUCACCGUCCCGAGUGCUUAUCUGCUCUUGAACAUAUACGCCAUGGUGAACAUGAACAACGUCUCAUGGGGGACCAGAGAAAAACAAACUCCCGACAUAAGCAAACCAAGCAGCACCUCCAGCAAGAGAGACCAGGACACCAACAUGUGGGGCUUUUCCUGCUGUAGCUUUGGGUUUCAUGUCAGCAGGAAUUCAAAGGUGUCAGACACUUCGGAGACUCAGCAGCUGAUUGAAGUUAAAAGUGCUGAGCCAGCAGAAGACCUCAUGGAAAUGACAGACGACGAAGAAUGUUGGAUGCAUCAGCUUCAGGAUUGCUCAGAUCAAGUUGAAUUUGAUGAGGUGUUCCUUGACCAGGAUGAGACGCUCUUCUGGAAGGGCCUUAUAAAGCAGUACCUGUUACCAGUGAUGGAGGACGAGAAGACGAAGCAGGACAUCAUGAAGGACCUGAGAUCCCUCAGAAAUAAGGCAAAUCUUGCUUAUUUCCUCAUCAACUCUCUCUGGAUCGUGGCCAUGUUCUUCCUACAGAUAGUUGGAAAUGCAGUUAGCAUACAAAUUCCAAAAGUUUACUUUAACGGAAGCCUGGCUGCAGACACCAUCCCUGUGGACCCUGUUGGACUUGUCCUCCUCCUGUCUUUUGCUGGACUCCUGGUUACCCAGUUUAUUGCAAUGGUCUACCACAGGCUGUACACAUUUAUUCACCUCAUAGCGUUUAUUGGAACCGAAUCGUCCGGCCCUAAAGAAGAACACAAAUUGUCGAAAAUCAACUUUUAUGACCCCGACAAGCUUGACUUUUAGAGACCCCAAUGCCAGGACCCCCAGUCUGUCGCUCCUCACACCUGCAGGUCUCCGAUUCUCUGCUCACGCCUGACAGCAGCAACCCAUGAAAACUCAAGAGAUGAUCUGAAAGGAUUUAAAAUGACUAAAAACUUUAUGAACGUUGUAUUAAAUUAACCCAAAAAUGACCUCCCAAAACAUAAGAAGAAAAAUGAAUUGAAAGACGAGAGAAUCCUGAAGAGGAAAUGCGUGCCAAAGUCACAAAGGCAGCACAUCACGUGAAGGACGUGUGGCCGGCCAGUCAUGGGGCCAGGGAGUCAUCACUUGGUGGGACGCAGCAGACAGCCAGAGAGCAAAAGACGAUGAAGAAGAAGAAGAAGAAUCAGCGCCUCCUUGAGUUUCUGGUGUGUGACGGUUGAGUUUUUACUGUAUAUAUGGAGGCACAUUUGUAGAUAUUUGUGUAUUAACUACUCUAUUUAUUAAAGAGUCUCUGAAGUUGACCCCAUGUCACCCUCUCAUGUGGGCUUUGGGCUCGACUGAUGGAUUAUCAUGGAGACAAAAUAAAACGUGAGAGCGUGAAGGCCGCGCCACUCGCCUGCCAGUCUG